GUGCGACUUUUGAUAAGGCAAUAAACCUCCCCGCCGUUAAAAUCCAAUGAUAGAAAAAAAAUGUUAGCGCCAAAUUACACGUGUCAAACCCUUCCUCGUUCUCAACCAGAACCACCGUAUCUUCCUCCCAAACAAACCAACAACCUCCUCCACCGCCGCCACCUUCUCACCGCAACCGCAUUCACCAUCUCCUUCAAUUUCAACUUCUCUCUAAAAACCCCAAUGCCCGUUUCAGAACCGGUAGCCGGUGCCAGUGGCCUCUUCCUCAUGCCGCCACCACGCCUCAUCAACCGGUAUUAUCUAGUGAGGUCCGGGGAGUCAGAGUUCGAGAGCAAGGGAGUGAUUAACACGAAUCCUGUGGCGAAAACCUCCGUGGAUAACGGUUUAUCCGAUAGAGGGAAGAAACAGUCUAUUAGAGCAGCUUUUGAUUUGAAAGAAAUGGGUGCUUGUGAUAAUAACUGUUGGAUUUGGCCUGCUAUUACUCAAAGAGCUUAUCAAACUGCUGAGAUUAUUGCUUCUGUUAAUUCAAUUACUAGAAGUUAUAUAGUUCCAGAAUACAGCUUUCUUGAUGCAAGGGGAUUAGGUGCUUAUGAAGGAAAAACAUUAGAAUCUGUUUCAGAAAUAUAUGCAUCAGACAGUGUAUCUACAAAAAUCAAACCUCCUCCAAUUGACGACGGAACUCCAAAUGAGAGUGUUGCAGAUGUUUUUGUUCGUGUGACCCAACUCAUGUCAAUCCUUGAAACUCAAUAUGCCGGGGACACAGUUGUUAUAGUCUCCCCGGAUUCAGAUAACUUAUCAGUCCUUCAUGCUGGUUUGGUAGGACUAGACUUGAGAAGGCACAGAGAUCUGUCUUUCGCACCUGGUGAAGUUCGCUAUGUUGAUACCAAUGACAUUCCUACUUACAAGAUUCCUCCAUCUGCUGUAUAUAAAUGUUCCAAACUACCAAAUUGUAAUUAGCUCUUUAACUUCUUAUAUAGCAGUUAGAAAAUGGAUAUAUAUUGAUGAAUAUAUAGCUAAAGUUAUUGAUGAAUAUAUAGCUAAAGUUGUCUA